AUCCUGGGUUAACAAAAGCCUGUCGAUAUUCUGUCUGAGAACACCGCUUAUUUCCCCUCCGUUUGCUUUUAUUUGGACCGUUACGGAUAGCGUGUCGUCCGCUGGAUCCCACUGUGGCAUCUGCUCGGCUCGGGUUUUGUCUCUCCUCGCGAUCGUAAGGUUACGAUUUGAUUAGUAAAUCUAGCAUUGAAACAUCUCGGAUAACUGCGCGCACCCGCGCCGCCGCGCAGGGAGAGCAGUCGCUCGCAGAGACACGGAUCACAAUGAUGAGCCAGGACAGAGACUUCCAGCUUCUUAGAAAACAGGAGAGGGCACAUUUCUUCAGCUCUAAAGAGCAGGAACUUAUUCUGAAGUUGUACGAAGAAGAGCGAGAGAUCCUAACAGCUAAAUCCAACACCACCAGUGCCUCCAAACUGAGAGAGGAAGCCUGGCAGAGGAUAGCUGACAAAAUAAAUGCAGUUUCUGACAGUGGCUACAAAAGGACGUGGCAGCAAGUGAAGGUCAAGCACAAGAACAUUGUCCAGACAGCAAAAAGAAAAAGGGCGGAGGUGAUGAGGAACGAGGGGGGGUCGGCGACCCCCUCCCUCACGUCUGCGGAGGACGACGUGCUGCAUCACCGGGACAACGCACUGGUGUUACCUGGAGGAGCCUGUAUCGGGCCCAUAGGGGGAUCGGACAACUCUUUCAUGAGCGUGUCGGGCCAUCCCGUCCUCCUCCUGCCUGUAACAAAGACCGAACCGGAGAGUUUGAGCGGGGACGAGACAGAUAUCAGCGACACUCACUUUGAAGGGGAUAUGAAUAGCACUUUCCAGGAGGGGAAUGACUCGGUAGGGGGCUCCGUGGGGGCUGCAGCUGUCGGUAGAGGUGCAAAGAAGCAGCCAGAAGACGUGCGGGCGCUUUACUGCUCCUACCUCAAAAAGGAGAUGGAGAGCCGGGACCAGGAGAUGGCAUACAGAGCACUGAAAAUGAGGAAGCUGGAAAAAGAGAUCCUUUUACUUGAUAAGCAGCUCGUGUGAUUGUACAAUUGCACAUACAAUCUUAUACUGUUAUAAAGCGAUGAGCAGCAAUUAGAUAGCAGUAGUGACCUCCUCCACUCACUAGAAUCAUAACCUGAUAUGUUGUUUGCAGCAGCAGGUGUUUCUGCUCUGCCAGGAGGUUAGUCAGGCCCGCAACAUGUGAUGGAGCCUUUCUGAUUGGUUUUUGUUUUAAU